AUUUAUAUAUAUUUAUUAAUUUAUUUAAUUGAGGUUUUAUUGUUUAAUAUUUUAGUAUUAUAAUAUUAUUAUAAUUAUUAUUAUUUACAACUUAAAUGUCAGUUGUGCCAUGUUGUGUCCUUUAUUAUUACACGCUAUACUCAAUUCGGAUCUCUCUGUCACACAUUUCCACUCGCGUUAAAAUUAAAAUCUUCAAAAUUCGCAAACCCCUAUUAGGACCAAGUUUUUUUGCAGACAACCCUAUAUCACCGUGUUCGCAAUAAAACAACGCACAUAUUGAUAUAUUUUUUUUCGAUUAUCUAAUCGAGUGAAGGUAACUGGCAUCGACAUACCUGUUUAUACCUGACAACCGAGGAGUUUGUCCAGGUAAAUAAUAGGCAACCCAACGGCUGCACAUUCUAUACGUUUCAUACUUUAAGUCAGGGUAAAAAUUUUCUUAUUAUCUUGAUGUUGCAAAAAUAAAAAUAAAAUAAAAAAUAAUUAAAUAAUUAAAAAUUGUCUGUCCAGGAUUUUUUUAGGCAACCCAUUUUCAACAUAUUUUCUAACAUACUAAAUUUGUUAUAAAAUAUGAUUCAUUCUAUUAUCAGCUCGGUGAAGAUCGUUUUUAGUUCGGAUCUCCUACUAUUAGAGAAUCACGCCAGAAUUGGCACCAUUUCCUAACAAUGUGAUACAUACCUAUUAGCACGUGAUCUCAGAUCACUGCCGUCCUCAAACUAAAAUGCGGCGAAGUGACAUGUGGUCGAUUUUUCAGUUCUCAAUUGCAUCGUAUACAGUUUUAAAUUCUCUAUCGAUCUGUCUAUAACAAGUAUUCGUAUUUUUUAAAGUUUAAGUCUAGAAAUCCGUCAUGUGAUGAAUGGUUACAAAAUAGCAACAAUUUAAAGUUUACGUGCAGUUUUUUGGCCAUAUCUCAAAAGUUGUUUUUGUCAUUUAGCCGCAUUUUAGCUUGAGGACGGCUGAUCAAUGAUCAGUACCCCUGGCACAAACCAUUAUCGAAUUCGAAUAGUUUGCGAGUGCGAAAUAUCAAUGUCAAAUUUUGUAUGGAAACAGCAGCGCCACAAAGUACGUAAUGAGAACUAAAAAUCAGUACACAUUUGACAAUGACAUUUCGGAUUCGCAAACGUUACGAAUUCGAUAUUGGUUCGAGCUUAGCCGGGUACUCAUUAGCGAGCUGUAACCGUAACCGUUGCAUGUACUGUAACCAAAACGCAUAGUGUGUACGACCUACGUGGUUCGCUAACCUGCUGCAAGUGGUACGCGUGCGGUUUGCAGAGAGCCGACGUUUACAACUUAGCUGCAAGCGUACACACUAGAACCUCGUACUGUAUCACGCAUGUAACGGUUACAGCUCGCUAAUGAGUACCCGGCUAAAUAUGUAGACAUAGAUAACGAAAUUUGCAUAAUAAUAUUGAUUGUGAAUAUUAUAACUCAUAAAAUGCGCAAUAGGCUAGUUGACCCUUUUUGGAAAAAGGUUUUAAAUGGUUAAUAAAUGUUCUAUUAGACCGAAAAAAAUGUAUUGUAUUUUUUUGAGACCUAGAAAGCUACAAAUCUUUAAUUUUAAAAUAGACUUUUCAUGGACAUACAAAAACGCUGCCGGCCAUUUUAGUCUAUAGAUUAUCUAUGCUAUGACGUUGACAGUAGUAAACAAAAACUCGUAAGCACGUAGAAAAUAACCCAUCUGAGUUUAUAAUAAAAAGAAAACAUGAUUUCUAAUAGAUACCACGAAAAAUAUAGUAAUUAUUAUUAUUGUAUUGUACGAGAAUGUAAAAAAAAAAUCUUUGAAGACUCCAGGAAAGUUGUGGAUUAAAGUGCCGAAAGAAAUUAACCUACGCAAUAUCUGGUUAGAACUUGCUAAAAGGGAUCCUGCAACUUUAACGACUCAUAGUAAAAUUUAUUUUUGCGAAGAUCACUUUGAUGUAAAUACUCAUUGAAUAAUAUUUUAAGUCUCUUCAUUUAUUAUCAGUUUUAAUAAUACAAGUUUUAAAGAUAUGUAUGAAUGACAUUUAGUUGUUUACUAAAACAGACGUCACAAUCAUGGCGGAUGUGGCGAACAGCGUUUUUAGUGUUUAAAAAGUAUAGACUAAAAAUUGUUUUUUUAAAUUAAAUUUCUACAGCAAUCUUCUGCUUUUAUGAAGUGAAAUCGAUAUAUUUAGGUUCCUUAGACAACAUACUUUAAGAAAUAAACAUUUAUUUAAUACAAUUCGACAUGAGUCAACUAGCCUAUUGGCGCAGCAAAGGAAUAAGGAAAAUUUAUAUUUUAAUCUUUGUCAUUCAUUUACCUUUAGUCUUCAGAACAAAAUAUCUAAGUAGUAUGUACCUAUAGUAAUUAAAACGACAAUAUGGUGUGUGCUCUAGCUGUUAGUUACGCUUCAACGACUAUUUAUCGUGUUACCUCUCGCGUAGUAUAUACCUAGGUAAUUUAUUUGAAUAAACAGUGAGAGAAAGAGUUACAACGACGUACUCUGAUCUGAACGAGGAUAUUGAUUUUGCUUCAGCAGAUUAAGAAAAAGAAGAGCAAAUUCUAGUUACAAGGCUGAGAUGUUUUAUCAUCAUCAUCAUCAACCUCUUUAGGUAAGCUUCGCGAGUGUGUAGAUUGACUAUUAUUUUGCAAAAAAAAUAGUUAUGGACACUUAAAAUAAGUAAUAGAACACAUUUCUAGUCUUUUCAGAACUUUUUAUUUUUAUCUAUCGGUUUGUCUGACAGUUUUGUCUGUAUGUUUGUAAUCAUAGUAAACCAAAACUGAAACACUGAAAACUUUUUCAUACCAACUACCUACUAGGUACUUAUUCUUAGCCCCAGUUUACAUGUGGCUUAUAAUAUCCGCAUGGCGAUAACAAUUACUUAUUAGUACCUACCUACUUUAAUAAAAUGAAUAGGUAAAAUAUCAAAAAUUUGGGUAGAUAAGAACUUUAAUCGAUUUUGAUUUUGAUGAUCAAGAAGCGUCAACAGUUAUCUACUAACAUUAUUUUUCUGUUCUGCGGUGCAGUUGGUAAGUUCGCAGUCCUUUGCUUGUUAUGUGAAAAUUUGUUUAGUUCGUUUGUUGGUUUCCACCAAAUCUUACUGUCCGUCAAUCAGCUGGAACCGGAAAUCGGCACUAAUCGACUUGAUUUUGUUCACGGAGACAGACGCAAAAUGUGGUCUACAUUGUUGGGCGUGGUGGCCCUUGCGUCGUUGAGCGCUGCGUGCAGACCAAGUGUGACCACAGUGAGUGGCAGUCACGCGCCUGCCACCGUCUGCUCUGGGGCGCUCAUAUUCUCAGACGAAUUCAACGAGUUUGACUUGGAGAAGUGGCAACAUGAGAACACACUUGCCGGAGGUGGAAAUUGGGAAUUCCAGUACUACAACAACAACCGUACCAACUCGUUCACUCAGCAUGGUAUUCUGCACAUCCGGCCCUCACUUACUUCUGACCAGUUUGGAAUUGAUUUCCUCAGUAACGGCAACUUGAAUGUCGAAGGCGGAGCUCCGGCAGACAGGUGCACCAACCCGGCGUGGUUUGGCUGCGAGCGUACAGGUACCCCCAACAAUGUCCUGAAUCCAAUCAAGAGUGCGCGCCUCCGCACAGUCAACUCCUUCAGUUUCCGAUACGGAAUAGUUGAAGUCAGAGCUAAAAUGCCCGCGGGAGAUUGGCUAUGGCCAGCCAUCUGGUUGAUGCCAGCGUACAAUACUUACGGCACAUGGCCUGCGUCCGGAGAGAUCGACAUGAUGGAGUCCCGUGGCAACCGGAACAUGUUCAGCAACGGAGUCCACAUCGGCACCCAAGAGGCCGGCUCCACCCUUCACUAUGGACCUUAUCCUGCACUAAACGGAUGGGACCGCGCCCAUUGGCUAAGGAGAAACCCCAAUGGCUAUGACAGAGGAUUCCACCUAUACCAACUCGAAUGGACUCCUAAUUUUAUUCGUUUCGCCAUUGACAACGUAGAAUUAGGCCGCGUCACUCCCCCCAACGGUGGAUUCUGGGAAUUUGGUGGCUUCAACCGACACAACGUUGAGAACCCGUGGCGGUUCGGCAGCAGGAUGGCUCCUUUCGACCAGAAGUUCUACCUCAUAAUGAACUUGGCUGUUGGCGGCACCAACGGUUUCUUCCCUGAUGGAGUUAGCAAUCCUUCCCCAAAACCAUGGUGGAAUGGUUCACCCACGGCUUCCACAGACUUUUGGAACGCGCGCAACAAUUGGCUCCCAACCUGGAACCUAAACGUCAACGAUGGAAGAGACGCGUCCUUGCAAGUCGACCACGUACGCAUUUGGGCUCUGUAGAACUUUAUCGCAAAAUAUUAAAUAAAUACUUAAUAAACACUGAUUAA